AUGGAUCAAUUGGGAAGUAGAAGUGAAGCUUCUCCAUCUUCAACCAACGACAAGAAGAUUGAGAGAAGGCUCAUUGAGAAAAAGAGAAGGAACCACAUGAGGAUGCUCUACUCCAAACUCAACUCUCUUCUCUCUAUGGACCACAACUCCAUUAGUCUCAAGCGCUGCCAUUGGCUGAUCGAUCAAGUGGAUAAGGCCAUAAACUAUAUAAAAAAUUUAGAGGAGAAGGUGAAGAUGGCUAAGGAGAAGAGAGAGAGCUUGUUAGGAAUGGGAAGAAACAGGACACGUGGCGCUGGCGGCCUUCGUGAUCUCUCGAAACCGCCACAGCUAAUGGUUCAUGAAAUGGGUUCAUAUCUUCAAAUUGUAAUGACAUGUGGAUUAGAUUCCCAGUUCAUAUUCUCUGAAAUCAUUCGUAUUCUGAAUGAAGAGAACAUUGAUGUCAAGAGUGUCAAAUCCUCACUCGUCGAAAAUUCCAUGCACCAUGUUGUUCAUGCAGAGAUUUCACAAUUUUUGCUUCAGUUGGGUGCAACUAAAGUAAGUGAGAGAUUGAAAAGGUUUGUGAAUGAACCAACCAGUGAAAUUGAAUUACAAUCUGAUCAUCAGUUAUUGGAUUUUGAGAUUGAUACUGAUGAAUUAGCGGAGCUUCUAGAUUUUUUAGAAGAGAAAUGA